AUGGAAGUGCUCACAGUGGCGUUGAGCGCCAUUCUGGGCUUUUGCCUCAUGUUCUACGCCUUUGUGGCCUAUAUGCGGCCCUACGCACGUCUCAAACAGAUCCCCAAGGCCCAACGGGUGUUGUUUGUCACUAGUCAUCCGGAUGACGAGGCCAUGUUCUUUGGUCCAGCCAUCCUGAAUCUGUGCCGUCAGGAGAACACGACGGUGUUUCUGCUGUGCAUGUCCAUCGGGAACUUUAAUAACCAGGGUCAUCUCAGGAAGAAUGAACUCUAUAAGGCUUGUGAAUUUCUUGGCAUUCAGGAACAAAACAUCCUCAUUCUCAGGUAUACGAAACUACAAGAUAAUCCGGAUGUUCGUUGGAAAGAGGAAUUGAUCUCGGAGCCAAUCCUGCACAUGACCAUUGUCCAAGAUAUCGACGUGAUUGUCACGUUCGAUCGUUACGGUGUGAGUGGACACAAAAACCACACGUCGGUUUAUAACGCUAUGGCAUUAUUGUGUCUGGAGAGGAGGUUACCCAAACACUGCCGUGUGUACUGUUUGAGGAGUGUGAACAUGUUACGGAAGUACUCAUUCAUGUUCGACCUUCCAAUGAGCUUCAUUUUAUCACCGUUCUCGUAUAUCGCUUCGUUGCAAGACUGGCUCACCAUCCAGAAAGCGAUGGCGUCGCAUCAUUCGCAGUAUGUGUGGUUUCGCAAAUUGUACAUGAUUUUCUCGCGAUAUGUCCUCAUCAAUACUCUCGAUCAGAUCAGUGGUCACGCCGGUGCAAGUUAGCCAGAAAUUAUUCUCGAUUAUUAUUGAUUAAAAUAAAACUCGUUGGUUCAUCA